AUGCAGGUCGGGGCGGUGCCGCGGCCCCCGGGAGCCCCGGGCGGGACGGAAGGGUCUGAGGGGAGGCGGCCGUCAGUCCCGCGCCAUCGCCGGACCCCGCUGCAAACCGGGCGGCCGGAGGGCGGUGGUCCAAGGGUCCAGGGGCCUGUGGCGCCGCCGCGGCGCGCACCCGGAGGGGCAGCCGGAGCGCGAGCCAGCCGCCGCGGCCCCUGGGGGAGAGGCCGGAGCGCGCGACCUCCCUCUCCCGCUCCUCGUGCUUCACCUAGAGCACUCUUCGCCUCCCCUCACCCCACCCCUUUGGCGCACACCUCCCCACACGUACACACGCGCGCGGGCACCGCGCACUCACUCACGCACACCCCGAGUGGGUGUGAUCUCAGAGCCGGGAUGCGCUCUCGCGCCCGGAGUUCACACUGGGCCUCGACCAAAACCUCCAGAGCAGGCAAGCUGCCCUUUGGGCUACGCUAUUUAGGCAUGACUAAGAGAUAUUGUGAAAUUACAACCCAACAAUGCUUUGUGGGACAGGCAUUCCCACACCUAAGAAAUUGUCCAGCGUUGAACCAGCAUGUCUCAAAAUGGCAUCUGUGGAUGAACUGCAGGCGGCUGGAGACAGAUUUGCUGACCUCUAAUUGUCGAGGAUCUUCAUCUUUGGAAAUACCAAUCAUCUUUCACAUGGAUGGAACCCUAACACGAAAAACCUGACACUUAACUCCUCAAAUAGGGGAUAAUCAAACUUCUGUAAGAAUCACCCUGGACACAACUGGUCCAAGUUGCCGGGUCUCUCCCCUGGAUUUGUGCAAUAAUGUAAGUCAUCUCCCUACUUCUUCUCAUAACCUAUAUGCAACACAGCAGCCA